GUUCCUGUCUCUAGUAGUUUUAUGUGUUUUCAUAUCAAUGCCAAGCAUCAGGACACAUCCAAGCGAGACCAGCUGAAAUUUACUCAAAGCAGUGUAAUUCCGAAUGUUUUCAGGGUGUAAGUUCUUAAUCACCGAUCCUUAAGCUUUGUUUGAUUUGUUUUGUUCAUUUAUAAUGGAGAGAAUGCUAGUCUCUUCGAACCAUUUGGGCAUGAGAACGGGUCGACUAAUGGGACAUUCAUGUCCCUCAUUUCUUCGGCUGGUCUUGCUGUUGGGUGGGACGACUGUGAUGUUGGCGCAUGGCUGCAAAGCCGGAUUGAGGCCGGCCUCUCUCUUGGCCGACAAACCGGAAGUCAGCCCCAGUAAAUGCGAUGGUAUCGGUACAGGCUUGUUCCACAAGCUAGAGAAGAUAUGUCAAGACUGUGGAAACCUCUACCAAUCCGACGAGGUCACCGGCAUAUGCAGAUUCAAUUGCUUCAACAAUAGAGGAUUUGCCUUUUGUCUGAAAACACUUCAUGUGGACGAGAAGGACUCUGAGCAACUGGUGUCCUUGGUGGAGGACAGACAAUCAGAUCUUUUGCUCCACUGAUCGAUCCAACCAUGCUCGAAUAGAAGAUCGUUCCAUGUCCGUCGUCAUCUCUGGUACAGAGAACGAAGAAGUCAUGUUAAUCAGGUGUUAGCCUCUUCCCAAGAGGCCAUCGCCAGGAAUCCGUGCCAUGAAUCAAAUAAAUACGACAGGAUUAGAUGCCAAUCCCUAGGGGGUCUCACGUUGAGAGAGGGAACCAACAAUUGUUGGAGGAUUUCUCACGCCAAGAUGAGGAAAUACACAGAUCUACGUCAUUGCGUGAAUAUUCUUUGGCAAGCAAACCAUCACAGUAGACUAAGUUCUCAUUUUCUUAUUUUUCCACCACUAAGGGUCAGAUCUCAAACCAGGAGGCGUUUGCUUGAAUCCUACUGCUUCAACGAUGUAAAGUUGUGCCUAGAUUUAAAUGUUGCAGUCGGAUGAGUCGCAAUUCGCAACUUGUUAAAUCCUAGCACUUUUCAAGCAAGUACUUCAGUGGAACUUCACGCUGAGGACAUUGAUCAACACUUUGGGUAAUGGGAAAUGUUUCUUCAGGACGAAGCGAUGGAAAGCAUGCAUGCACGGGGGAUGAGCCUAAAAU